UCGUAGAUCUCAUCAAGUUCGGUACAUCAUAGAAGUUGCUCACUAAGGAAAAAGAACUGGUCAAGGCCUUCCCACUAGUCUCACUAUGCUGCAAGAGCUGGAGGGACCUGAGGCACGGCACAGUACGAGUCCGAUCUCCUACUCCACCUCUUUUCGAGCCUCUGGUAAUGAAGAAGUUCAAAUUGAAGAAACUCCGUUAAGGUGUACGAUAUGUCAAGAUACUUACUCAGAUCCCAGAGUUCUGCCUUGUCUUCACAGCUUCUGUAAAGGGUGUCUAUCAAAGUUGGCAUCAAUAUCUACUUCUAUUAAGUGUCCGUUGUGUCGAAAUGAGCAUACCCUCCCUAAAGGAGUAGAUGAGCUAUUACCAAACACACAAUUAGCUCGUAAAGUAGAAACAUUAUCAACGACCACUGAGAAAUUAAAAUGUGAUCAAUGUGAGAGUGACGAAACAGAUGUUGUAAGUUUCUGCUCUAAUUGUGAAACCUACCUUUGUAAAUCUUGUGAUGGAGCACAUAAAAAGAUGUUAGCAUUUAAAAGUCACUUGCUGGUCCUCCCAAAAUUAGCACGAAAGGAUCCUAAAGUGAAGAGUUUCAUGUGUUUGAAGCAUACCUCAGAAUCUCUUACAGUUUACUGUAUUAAGUGUAAGAGUGUCAUUUGUCGUGAUUGUGCUAUUUAUAACCACAAUGGACACAAGUUUGAACCAGCAAUGGAUGUUUCAGAUAAAAUUAGAAAAUCCUUGGUAUCAGAUUCAAAGCAGCUCAAGACUAAGCUUGAAACAUUUCGUUCCCAUGCUGAAGAAGUUGCUAAAGUUGAAAAACAUGUUACAGUUUAUCCUGAUGAAAUGAAAUCUUUCAUCACAUCUCAAUUUGAAGAGUUUCAUAAGCUAUUAGAUAAACGCAAAGAAGCACUCCUGCAACAAGUUGAUACACAGUACAAUGAUUUUUCUAAAAUGCUUUGGGUGGAGAAGGAUAUCGUUGAAACAGGUAUUUGCAAGCUAGAGGCUGGAAUUAAAUUUGCUCAACAACUUGCCGAGAGUGAUGACAAGCUGGAAGUUGCUGUGUUGGGCUCUAAAGCUCUUGCGUCAAAUCGAGUAACCAAAACCUUGUCCUGGGAUCCUAAGGCCAUCAAAAAUCUUGGCCCCUUGGCUUAUGAUGCAGAUUUUGAUAAACGCUGUAUAGAAAAAAUUGGAAUAAUCAAUAAUAUUGAAGUAGUAAUAAGUGAUGGAAAGUAUUCUAAUUCUCUUAGAGAUUUUCAGGAAAAUGGCACAUAUUGCAUUGAAAUUGAAGUUAAGUUUGGUCAUCAUCCCAAGAUAUCAUUUCCUCAAAUGAAUUUUCAGUGCAGCUGCAGACGAGGAGAUGAAGUAUUGUCAUGUACUACUUAUAGAUCUAAGCUAAAUAAAUGGGAUGUUACGUUUCAGACAAAGUAUUCUGGUGAUUAUACCCUCGAGGCUGUCUUAAAAAUAUGCCGUGAUGAUUGUCAUAGAAAAUCUAAGUUAUUUUGUAUUCCAGAAUCAUCUAGUGAUAGUGCAUUACCACCACCAGAUCUGCCGAUAUCGGUAUCUUAUGCCCAGUUCAAGAGGACCAGUCACUACGAGAAAAGGGAGGACCCACCUUGUCCUCGGGUCCCACGGGUGAAAGGACCAAAAGACAAACUCUAGUCAAGGGACUCCAAACCCAAGUUAAACAUUUACUUUUGUAAGAUAUUUAAGAUUUUCUUUUAAGUUUUUAUUAUAUUAAUUUUGUACCAAAAUUUGAAGAGUUACACAAGCUCUUAGAUAAAUGCAAAAAAGCACUCCUACAACAAGUUGAUGCACAAUACAAUAGUUUCU